AUGGUAUUGAAAGCCAAAUUCCUCUCAAAGGAGGCUCAAUGGAUGUUCAGAAAUGGACAUGAAAGAAAUUUUAUGAUGGUUUCUUCUUGUCUGCUCACUCAAAUUAAGACAACAACAACAAGAGGAAUGGAACAAUUCGGAAAGAUGAAAAGCAUCAUGAUGAACAACCAUCAAUUCCGACCAUUGAUGACGUCUUUGGUUUCAAGAGAAGUUUCGAAACCAACCAUAACAGAGCAACAAAUUCAAUCUGCUUUUGAGAAGAAAAGAUUGAAACAUGAGCAAAAACAACAAGAAUAUGAAACCAAGAUGAAGAAUCGAAGUAAGGAACGAACAAGAGAGUUUGUGAAAUGGGUUGGACUAUUUUCAAUUCUGUUUUUCUCGAUCACCUUAUAUCACAUCAAUUGGUUGUGGGCACCUGAAAUUGAAGGAGCUCUUAAAGAUUCUCUUAUUUAUUAUUUUGGAGAUGAUGAAUUUAUCACACAAAUGUUCCUUUCUGUGUAUGAUGAAAAUAAGAAGAUGAUUCACAGAACUCAUUUGGAAAAUAUCAUUUCAACUUUAAGAACAACCAUCAAUGUUGCAUCUACUGGAACCUAUAUUGAGGAAUUUGGAAAUUUAGAAACUACCAAAUGUUUAUUGGAAUUGCUAAGCACUACUCAUCUCACCGAUAGAAUUACCAAUAUUUAUCAACAAAAAGCAAAUGAAGAGGUAGAGAAUAACUUGUCAAAGCUUGCUGCAACCACUCUCACAUCCUUUGUGAAACAUUUUAACCAACAUCCUCAAAUGGUGGAUAACUUGAGUUAUCUUAUUUUGAAUCACCAAGAAGAAAAAUUGGGAAUGUUUGUCACGAAUGGUCAAGCGGUUGUGAAGAGACCUUUUGAUAUUCUUGAAGUUUUUUUGUCAAAUUGUGAAUAUUCCACUUCCCAACUUGAAGGUAUAUCGACCUUACAAGAGAUGGAUCGUAUUGAAAAAGACAAGCCAUACAUUGAACUGUUGGAUGCAAUAUUUAGUAAUCCCACUUUUUUGAAAUACAUGGAGGGAUCCUCUUCUUUCACCAACCAACUUCACAACAAGCUCACAGAAUGGAGCAAUUCCUCCAAUGCUUCACUCCCCAAGCAAUACAUUGCACACAAAAUUUCUCGACAUCUUCAUAAAUAA